UUUUGGUUUUGAUGAACAUGCACGCAUCAGAAAAUUAGAGAAUAAUGGCCAGUAACUCGAAUGUAUGUGGUGUCUGUGAUCAUCGUCAUGUGACCAAACCAUCAGUAGUCUGGUGUUCAGAAUGUGACGAAGGACUUUGUGAAGAUUGUCAAGAGCAUCACAGCUUUUCUAAGAGUUCAAGAAGUCAUGAAACGGUCUCAAUUACCGAAUAUCUUAAACUACCAGCAAAUAUUUUGCAAAUAGCGCAAUUUUGCAACAAACAUAACGAAAAAUUCGAACUUUUCUGUAGAAAACACGACUGUCCAUGCUAUAGGCAAUGUAUAGAGGAUCACAACGGCUGUAAAGAUUUAACUGAUAUCAGGAACGUGAUCCAGAAUGUUAAAUCUUUAACUCCGUUCCAGGAAAUGGAACACGCGUUGUCAGAAACUGCUGAGAAUUUCAAAAGAGUCCGUAAAAAUCGCGAGGAAAAUUUGGCAUCACUUGCAGAGAGGAGAAAGAUUGUUAAAUUGGAAAUUCAACAAUUUCGAAACAAAAUUAUUGACCAUCUUGAUUUACUGCAAGAUAAGUUAUUGAAUGAAAUCGAAACGACAGAAGAAAACGAAAGUAGCAAAAUUCGACAACUAUUGACGUCAUUAAUGCAGAGAGAAAAGGAGAUUUUCUAAUACAAAGUUAAUAUCGAAAACACAAAGCGAUAUGCCUCAGAUCUUCAAUCAUUCAUUGCGAUGAAGCAAAUAGAAAAGGAUAUUUUUAAAGAAGAGAGUUAUAUCCAAUCGAUCAGCAAAAGCGAACAAAUGCAUCACAUCGAUAUUUUAUUUCAGAAAGAUACAACGUUGCAGGAAUUAACAAUUACAAUCAAGACGCUUGGAGAAGUUGUUAUGAGUUAUAGUGCUUGUAAUAUACUCAUCCAGCAAGGGAGAAAUAAACAAGCUCAGAUAAUUGUACCUCCUUCAACAAAACAUUUCGAUGAUAUUAGUCUAAAGUUAAAACAAACAAUAAAAACAAACCUGGAGGCUGUCCGAAGAUGUACUUUCCUUCCUGAUGGUAGAUUAGUAUUUGCAAGUUGUAAUGGAAACCAUGUAAGCGUUUUAAAACCAGACGGUUCGGCUGAUAUCAAUCUUAACAAUAUUGGGCCGAUUUGGGACGUUGUAUAUAUAGGAGAUAAUUCGGUAGCUGUUACAUCAGGUGGAACAGUAUAUUCAAAGCAGAUCAACAUAAUCGAUGUUCUAAACAGAAAAGUGAAAAAAGCUUUUAACGUCAAUUCGGCCAAUUACGGAGUAACAUUCAAAGAUGGAAAGUUGAUUUAUUGUGCAGGAGAUCAGGGACUCAAGAUGAUCAGUCUCAGUAAUGCAUCUAUAACCAGUAUCACCUCUAGUAAAAUGUCAAGUAUGGCUAACAUAGCUACUCACGGUGAAAACCUGUUCUACACAAACGAAAACAAUCACAAUGUCACAUGUUGUGAUUUCCAUGGUAACACCCUGUGGACAUUCAGUGAAAGCAGUGUCCUGAACCACCCAUUCGGUAUAUCUGUCGAGAAUGAUGGGAACGUAUAUGUAGCGGGAGUAUGGACUCACAAUGUGGUCGUUAUCACCGUCGAUGGUCAACGUCAUAGAAAACUUUUAUCGACAAAAGAUGGACUGAACUGUCCGGCAGCUGUAGAGUACGACCGAUCAAACAAUAAACUUUUAGUUGCUAAUAAUAAUGAUAGAAACGCUUUCGUGUAUGAUUUUGUAUGACAAUAAACUUUAUUUAAUACCAUCUUAUUAAUAUUGCACGCCACGUAUUUAUGCUUACGGAUUCUCUGUCAAUUAAUAAAGUAUAUGUAGUUUAAGGCC